AUUUGGUGGAAGAGAAUUUAGCAAUAUACCUGGAAGAUCUUGAAAUUCUCUAUUUUAUUAGCCCAUCUUGCUCUAUUUCUAGGUAGUAUAUUUCCCCCAUAUAUUAGGAGAAAAACUUCACAAAAUGGUAUUAACCGUAUGCAAAUACUGAUAGAGAAAGAAGACACAUGUAUAUAGAGAUAAAAGCAGAAUAUUUUCUUCUCUGUGCUAUUUUAUGUAUCAUCUACAAUGUUAAAGUUUUGUUGCUUAACGAGGAUGAGGAGCGAAACAAAUUAAAUGAGAAAAGGGGAGAAAAAUAGCCUAGGUCUUGAGGAAUCAAAAGAAUUAACUGAAAGAGAACGGGAGUAGUACGGCCGGCUUGUUCCUAUAGGUCUUUAGGUCCCCUCCCCCAACCCAGAGGGAUUCCCGCCACAGCCCUUUUGGUUUUCACUCUGGUCCGCAGAGGUUACUUUUUAAAAGGAGCUGCGACAAGUUGAGUGCAGUUUUCUGCUCAUUUCCUGAGAAUGUCCGGACGUGGUAAGGGGGGGAAAGGUUUGGGGAAAGGGGGCGCCAAGCGCCACCGCAAAGUUCUGCGCGAUAAUAUCCAGGGCAUCACCAAGCCCGCCAUCCGCCGCCUGGCCCGGCGUGGAGGUGUCAAGCGCAUCUCUGGUCUCAUCUACGAGGAGACCCGUGGGGUGCUGAAGGUGUUCUUGGAGAACGUGAUCCGGGACGCCGUCACCUACACCGAGCACGCCAAGCGCAAGACGGUCACGGCCAUGGACGUAGUGUACGCGCUCAAGCGCCAAGGACGCACCCUCUACGGCUUCGGCGGCUAAAAGAAAAAAGUUUGAUCCUGUUUGUUUAUUAAA